UCAGAAGCCACUUUACUGCGUGAAGUGUCUGUUGUAUUUUUGGCAAAAAUGAGCUAAAGAUUGCUGUAAAAAGUCACUAAAAACUUGCAAUUUUGUGCGAAACUUUCAGAUACCUGAAUGGAGAAUAGUUUUGUGAUAAGUUCAUGAUGGAUAUAGAGCAAGAGGAGUUCCAACCACCUCCGGAGGCUCCUGUUUUUGAGCCGACUGACGAGGAGUUCGUGGAUCCGUUGGCAUACAUUGCGAAGAUACGGCCUAUAGCCGAAAAAGCUGGGAUUUGCAAAAUCAAACCACCCCCGCAUUGGCAACCCCCAUUUGCUGUUGAUGUCGAUAAAUUCGUCUUUACUCCAAGGGUGCAGCGUUUAAAUGAAUUAGAGGCACAAUCCAGAGUGAAGUUGAAUUUUUUAGACCAUUUGGCCAAAUUUUGGGAACUUCAGGGUGUGCGGUUAAGGAUUCCCAAUGUAGAAAGAAAACACCUAGACCUUUAUCGGUUAUUCAAGAUCGUCCACGAGGAGGGUGGCUAUGAAGAGGUCACCAGGGAACGUAAGUGGACAAAGGUUGCCAACCGUAUGAACUACCCGAAUGGUAAAGGCACAAACUCCGUCCUACGCACUCACUAUGAACGCAUCCUGUAUCCAUAUGACAUCUUCCAGAUGGGAGCCACCCUAGACCCAUCGGAACUGGCGAAAGAAGGCUGGGCGACUGUAAAAGACGGGGAAAAAUGGAAACUGAAGAAAGAGGAUGAUGACAAGGACUACGUUCCAGGGGGGAUGAAACAGUCACCUGGUGGCAGCAGAAAGUCAAAGAGAAUUCAAAAAGACGAUCAAGAUGUCGACUAUUCAGCAAAUAACGAGAUGAGAAAACUACAGUAUUAUGGCGCUGGACCGAAAGCUGCAGUUCCUCAAGCUUAUAAAGACGAGGAUGAUCCACUGCAGCCAAUUACGCCGACCAAGUCGGUGAAUACCAGGAAACGGCGCCCUCUGGUGAGAAAUAGUGUCGACCAUUAUCACUGUCAUAUCUGCAAAAAGGGCGACUCGGAAGACCAGAUGUUGCUGUGCGACGGAUGUGACGAUGCGUUCCACACAUUCUGUUUGAUCCCGCCUCUACCCGAGGUGCCCAAGGGUGACUGGAGGUGCCCCAAGUGCGUUGCUAAGGAAUGCAGCAAGCCACUUGACCCUUAUGGAUUUGAGCAGGCGAAAAAGGAGUACAGCUUACAGUCGUUUGGUGAAAUGGCAGAUCAGUUUAAAGCAGACUAUUUCAACAUGCCGGUCCAUAUGGUGCCGUAUUCGAUGGCCGAGAAGGAGUUCUGGCGUCUGGUGAACUGCCUCGAGGAGGACGUGUGUGUAGAGUAUGGUGCUGAUAUUCAUGCUUCGGAUUGUGGGAGCGGGUUCCCGACGAAGGAAAGCAAGACUCUUUUCAGGGAUGAUGAAGUUGAGGACUAUGUUGACGCCAAGUGGAAUCUGAACAACUUACCAGUUUUGGAGCAGUCUGUUCUUUGCCAUAUCAACUCGGACAUCAACGGAAUGAAGAUCCCAUGGUGCUAUGUCGGCAUGUGUUUCUCCAGUUUCUGUUGGCACAAUGAGGAUCACUGGAGCUACUCUAUUAACUAUUUGCACUGGGGUGAACCAAAGACAUGGUAUGGGGUGCCCGGAUUCUUGGCCCCAGAAUUUGAAGCUGCUAUGAAGGCGACUGCCCCAGAGCUGUUUGAGCAACAACCUGACCUCCUCCAUCAGCUGACUACUAUCAUGAAUCCGAAUGUUCUCAUGAAACAUGGUGUACCAGUUGUGAGAACGAAUCAGUUGGCGGGUGAAUUUGUGGUGACCUUCCCGCGGGCAUAUCAUGCUGGAUUCAACCAGGGUUACAACUUUGCCGAGGCAGUCAACUUCUGUCCGGCUGAUUGGCUUCCCAUUGGACGAGGUUGCAUCGACCAUUACAGUGAGCUCCGCCGGCACUGCGUAUUCUCCCAUGAGGAAUUGGUUUGCAAGAUGGCCGCCGAUCCCGACAGCCUCGAUCUCAACCUUGCUGCAUCGACGCAUGCGGACAUGUUGGCGUUAGUUGACAGGGAAAAGAAGCUGAGGAAAUCGUUGUUGGACCGGGGUACAGUUGAAGCUGAACGGGAGGCAUUCGAGCUGCUCCCCGAUGAUGAGCGGCAGUGCGACUUCUGCCGAACGACUUGUUUCCUCUCGGCGGUGACGUGUAGCUGUAGUCCAAAUAAACUGGUCUGCAUGAAACACGUCGACAAAUUAUGUAAGUGCCAUCCGUCGCAACACUGUCUGCGUUAUCGCUACACACUCGAUGAAUUACCCACAAUGCUUCACCGUCUGAAGGUGCGAGCGGAAUCGUUCGAUAAUUGGGCGAUCAAGGUGAAAAAGGCUCUGGAAGCGGACGGCAAUUGUAAACAAGAGCUGCAGUGUCUGAAGGAUUUGGUGGUCGAGGCAGAGGAGAAGAAGUUCCCACCGAGCGACCUGCUAGGCACCCUCACCGCUGCUAUCACCGAUGCGGAGAAAUGCGCCAGCGUGGCGAAUCAGCUUGUCGGCCGCAAAGUCCGAACGAGCACUUCUACCAUUGGGACAAGGAACCGACAAUCAGGUGACACCAAGUACACGGCCAAGCUGAGUCUGAAUGAGUUGGAAUGCUUCAUAGAGCAGGUGGAUGACCUGCCCUGUAUCAUCAAGGAAGGCGCCCUUAUCAAGGAUCUCCUUCAGCGAGUGAUCGAUUUCCAAAAUGAGGCUCGCGAGGCCCUGGAGGAAGAGACGCCAGACUCGGAAAAGUUAGAGCGUCUCGUCGACUUUGGUGUCACGCUAGAUGUCGAUCUUCCGGAGAUACCAAAACUGAAGCAGGUCCUACAGCAAGCUCACUGGUUGGAUGAAGUGCGUAACACGCUCGCAGAGCCGGGCACCGUCACGCUCGAUGACAUGCGGAAACUCUUGGACAGCGGCGUGAGUUUGGCGCCACAUACGGCGGUCGAGAAAGCGAUGGCGGAGCUUCAGGAGUUGUUGACGAUUAGUGAACGGUGGGAGGAAAGAGCUAGGAUAUGUCUACAAGCAAGACCUCGACAUGUGCUAGCCACGCUUGAAGCAAUCAUCAACGAGUCUAAAGGUAUCCCCGCUUAUCUACCUAACGUGGAGGCUCUAAAAGAUGCGUUGAAAAAGGCCAAGGAAUGGACAUCCAAGGUCGACUCUGUUCAGAAUGGGGAACUUUAUCCGUACUUGGACGUCCUUGAGAACCUUGUGAAUAAGGGACGUCCGAUUCCUGUGCGACUGGACCAGCUGCCUCAAGUCGAAUCGCAGGUGGCCGCUGCAAAGUCGUGGAGGGAACGCACGGCCAGGACGUUCUUGAAAAAGAAUUCUACGUAUUCGUUAGUUGAGGUGUUGUCGCCGCGGGGUGACAUUGGCGUGUACAGCAGCAGUAAAUACAAGAAGAGGAAGAUGAAGGAAGGCGAACGGGAGAAGGAGAAUCUGAUCGCCGCUUGCAUCUUAGAUAUCAAAGUGGAGGAGCAGAGGGAUCCUAUGGCCAUGGUGAAUGCAUUUAAACAAGCUGAACACACGGAGGUAGAGUCCAUGCGCGAAUUACGGUCACGCAAUAUGGAGAAGCACCGCAACCACGAGGACGGGGAUGUCAAGUACUGUAUCUGCCGUAAGGGGGCGUCCGGGUUCAUGCUGCAGUGCGAGCUUUGUAAAGAUUGGUUUCAUAGUCAAUGUGUUCCAUUACCGAAAUCCACAAACCUGAAAAAUAAAAGUUCACACGCUGCGAUCAUACAGGCGGCCCGAGAUCUCAAAUUCUUAUGUCCAUUGUGUCUGCGCUCGCGGCGACCGAGACUAGAGACAAUCCUAUCGCUGCUCGUCAGUUUACAAAAACUGCCCGUGAGGCUUCCUGAGGGCGAGGCUCUCCAGUGUUUAACAGAACGUGCCAUGGCCUGGCAAGACCGAGCGAGGCAAGCGCUCGCGACCGAAGAACUCGCUUCAGCGCUGGCGAAGCUAAGCGUACUGAGUCAGAAAAUGGUCGAACAAGCGGCGCGGGAAAAAACUGAGAAAAUCAUUAAUGCCGAGUUACUGAAGGCUGCUAAUAAUCCGGAACUUCAAGGACACCUACAGACAGUGACGCAAAGUGCUUUCAGUGGGAGCGGAUUACCGGUACAGCCGAGUUUGAUCGAAACGCCAGUGCCAACUCCAACCUCAACGUUACCAGUGGUACCUCUUUCGCCGAUUCCCGCUGUGGUUAAUCAAAGUUCAAUCAUUAUGGAUACGGAGACGACCCCGAUGCAGGUUGACGUGCCGUGUGAGGUGCAGCAGGAAGUGGAGAUACCGCCCCCACCACUGGUGUCCAACGCGAUGUCGUCAGAACAUGCGUAUUCCUCGGCGUCAAAACCCAAUCCUAAUGCUUCGCCGAGGAAACAUCAACGAAAGUCGCCACUGGUUCCUCGGCAAUUGGAGACCCCCGUCUUGGAGCUCUCCGACAUGGCCAAAGCGCAGCUUGAAGAACUGAUGAUGGAGGGUGACUUGCUCGAGGUCUCGCUCGACGAGACGCAACAUAUCUGGAGAAUCUUGCAGGCGUGCCAGCCCAGGCCGGAGGAAAAGUUCAUGGAAUUUGAUGAUCUCGAGCCCGAUCUUCUGCGUGACAAGAACGAGAAUAAGGAGAGGAAGAAGAAGAAGAGGAAGAUGAAGUAUGAGGAAGGCGAAGAUGGCUGGAGGAUCAAGGAGGAGGACGGAAAACCGAGGAAGAAGAAGUAUAAACUCAAGGAUGGCAAGGAGAGGAAGCUGAAAGCGAAACUACUUGGGUUGGCUUUGCCUGGCUUUGGUAAAAAGAUGAAAAUGAAGGACAAGAAAAACAAAGACAAAGAUGGCAAGAAGAAGAAGAAGAAAUUGAAGAUCAAGCACGAGAAGGAUGAGAAGCUUCGAGAGAAGCUCAAGGAGAAGAAGAGGCUGAAGAAGAAGAAGAAGCUGGCUGCAGCAAUGGGUGGGGAGGAGAAGAGCGAGGAGGACUGCGCAGCGGUGAACUGUUUGAAACCCAUUGGUGAAGAGGUGAACUGGGUCCAGUGUGACAAGUGUGAGCUUUGGUUCCAUCUGCUGUGCGUUGGCCUUGCCGAGAACGAAAUCUCAGAGAACGAGGACUACGUCUGCUUCAGCUGUCGAUACAAGGAAGAUCCGAAUGCGCUCCCAUUCUCAUUGGACCGCAUCAAAAAAGAAAUCGACGAAUGGCCGACGAAUUCCCAGAACGGUUCUCUUCAGCGACAAACAAAACCAAAGACUAUUUUCGGCGUACAAAUUAAAACGGAACCUGUGGAUAAUAUUUUCGAUCUGAUGAUGUCACCGGAGAAGUCGCCAAAACAGAAAGACAUGUCGCCAAGUCAGGUGAAGUUGAAUUUGGAACAGGUCUUAAUGAAUAAGGAGAAUAAGAAAGCAAAAUUAACCGGUGUAAAGGUGACCCCUGGUGAGGCUGCCGGAAAAUCUGUUACUCCACCGGUUGAGAGGAUGCUGUUCCAGAGCCGGACAUCGACUACACCGGACCUUGAGGCUGCUGCAGAAACUGUUAUACCGUAUUCGGAAUUCAUUGCACAAAAUGUGGAAGGACAAACAAAAGGCAGUGCGUCUGCGUCAGGAAAGGUGGUGAAAACAAAGAAGGUGGAAUCUGCCUCGGUGGUGCCACCUAGUGGCACUGCUGACGAAACGGUACCUGAGCCAAUGGAGGUCGGAGGUGGCGCUAGUGUUGAUACAGAAACGCCUGACGCAGCACCACUUUUAGAAAAAGUGGCCGACUUGGAAAAAGCGCCGGAUCACUGGACGCCGGAUCUAGCGGUGGAUUCUUUGGGCGAUCAGGCACCUCAGUUGGAAAAAGUCGAAGAGAUACCAACGUCCGAAAACAUCAUUGAAGAAAUCGUGACAGAAGAGGUUGUGGACUUUGCGCCCGAUUUGAGUGAGAAUGUCGUAGCGGACUUCAGCACAGAAGUGGUAACCAGCGAUCCACUGGAGCUAGGUUUAGCGCAGACUAGUGAGGUGACGUCGCUCGAUGAAAAAGUGCAAGAAGGCAAGAGUAAUGAAUAAACGAUAGAGCAGAACCUCUCGACGUCACUGAUGAGGUUCGAUUUCUUAACUAGUAUCACAGAUAGUUAAUCGAUUUUAGUCCAAUCUGAGAGUGAUUUAGUAAUUACUUUAAACUAUGAAAUGUUGGUGAAGCCAAAAGUUGGGAACUUUGCUCAUUUUCUAAUUCAAUUGAUGGUAUAGUGAAUAUUGCGUUCGCUGCCGAAAUUUAAUGGUUAGUGCAUUACAGUUUAGAUUUUCGUGCUUUUUAAGUUUACGCAUUCAUGAAAAAUGUUAAAAUAAAACGCUCGCCAAAAUUUCAUAGUUUACAGUAGUGGUUUGUGUAAAAUCAAAACAUUUUACUUCAAAGUAGUAAGUUUUUGGUAAAAUAGAUUAUUGAUUCAAGCAUUAGUAUGAAAUAAUUCAGGAUAGCCCCAGGUUUGAAUUUUCUUUGGAUGGUUUGAAUUUCAAAUGAUGUGUGAGUGUCUAGUUGGGAUGUAUUUUGUCUGUGCAGUGAACGGAAGAUUGAGGAGUAUUAUUUAGUGCAGCUGGUGUCAGUCCAGGAGGUACUCUUGCAACAUAAAGCUUGAGUUUUAGUUGUCUUCAAUGAUAGAGAUUAUUUGGCCUGAUUGAGAAUUCGCUGCCACUUUUGUGAUUAUUGCCUAUUAGUCUUAUUUCGUAAAUCACAACGAGGCUGAGGACCGAUUUUGGUAAAUGGCAUUGAAUUGUCAAGUCACUCCGAAUUAGCUCUUGGUACCUACUCAGUAAAUCUUGACUUAUUCCAGAAGACCCAAUUGUUUAUCAUUAAAUUGGUGUCUAUCGUUCUGGUGGUCUUGAAUGUCUGAAGGCUGUUGGAGUGUGGUGCAGUGAAUUAUCAACACCUGUCAUCUCUGAGAUCCCGGGUUCGAUUCCCGGUUGAUCCUGUACACUCAUGAGAGGGGGCAACUCUUUGAUAGCGUAGGUUCCCUCCCUUCAGUAUCCUCCUAUUUUACAUUACAUGCAUUACAAUCACCCAGAAUUGUAAAUAGAGCUAAUAAUAUCCCAGUUGACGCUCAGCUCGCAAAAUAAAUUUUUUUUGUCUGAUGGGUUAAUUAUGCUCUGAAGGGCUUUGAGAUGAUUUCGAGGCCUAAGACGAUUUCAAGGCCUAAGAAGUAGAGGCACACAGUUGAGUUCUUGGUAAUCAUUAGAGUAAGCAAAUCGCUAUUGUGAGAUGUUAUGUUGAUAGGUAAAUAUUUGAAUGCCAUUUGAUAUUGAGUGCUUAUUGAUACCCUGUUCCAUAGUUAACAAAUACAGUAGAACCUCUCUAUUAGGGACACCUUCGGGACUGACAAAUGUUGUCCUUAAUAGAGAGGUGUCCUGAUUAGAGAGGUCAAUUGAAUGACCUAGUGUCCAUAUUAGAGAGGUUGUCCGUAUUAGAGAGGUCCUACUGUAGCACCUUAAAUGCUCUGGUUAAAGAGAAUGAAGCUUCCAACAGGUAUAUUCAAAUGCAAUAAACUGGGGUUUACAAUUACUGACACGUGGGGGGUGAAAUUGAUAGUCAGUGUUUACAGAAGCCCCGUGGUGAAUAUGGGGGGGGGGCAUUAGGCGUGCCACCCCCUUUCGUCAGAGAGCAACGGUUUUCAGGGUACCUCUUCCUUAAAAGCCAUUAAUUACUUCUAAUUAUAGCCCUCAGAUGCCAAAAAACACCUAUUUGAAAUCUAACCGAAACCUCCAUAUUUUUCCUUGAUUUAAAUUGGCAUUCUUGGGGUUUGAAAUUGACCUGUUCUAAUUAUAGAAUUGCAAGUUAUGCUUGAAUCUUGCUGCUUUUGAAUAUUGUACACAGCCGCGUUAUUUAUUUGCAGCUGACAAAUCUACCCCAUUUGUCUGUAAUGGACUUGCUCAGAUACAUUCUAAUCUGUAGUUAUUUCCUUAAAAAGUGAAAAGUCCAUUUGGGACAUAGGGGUGUAAGUAGUAUCAUAUUGUGCAAUUGAAAGCUUUUUGGCCGGCUUUUCGUCAGAUACAGACCUUGCGUCGCAUAUUAUAGUAUUAGACUUUAGCGUGUCGUUUAGUGUAAAAAUAUUGUCAAAAAAUGCAUUCAGCAUCUUCUGUCUUUGUCAUGACAUACAAGUUUUCAAUGUAAAUAUUUUUCGUUUCUUCAAAGUCGAGAGCGUCGUUUAGAAUAAGGGCCUAGAAGUCUACUUCAUUUUGUGUUAUUAAUCUUGGUUCGCUGUUUCUUGUGUAGAUAAAAAGAAACGCGGCCAUUUUGAAAGCCUUCAUAUCCAUACGUUGUCAGUAUGUUUCAUAUUUAUUUGAUAAAUCACAAGAAGUGAUUUGUUUUCAAGGAUAGUUAUCACUUUUGCUUGGAAAAUGAACAUAGAUGGUUCUGCAUUUCAGUGCUGCCCUCUACCAGAAACUUUUGGCCUACGAAAAUUGAUCAGUGUUAGAAAAAAGGUGUAUCAGUAUGGGGACUAUAAAAAUAAACGGUAUUCAAAUACAUCUGAUGACUAUUUUGAUUUAAAUAGCAUCUGAAUGUUUACAUGAAGUCGAUCUUUGUGUAAGCAUGCACAAGAUCCUGAAGUGAUUUAAAAGGUAUUGGCAUGUUUACAAGAAGUCAAUCUUAAUUAUAUGGGUAGAAAUGCUAAGCGCUAAAAUCCUAAUUAUAGCGGUUUCAUGCACAAGUCCCUGAAUUGACUGAUAAGGCACUAUUUUGCUUCAGAGGACAAAGUUCCUAUUAUCGUCAAUAAAUCGCAAUGUCACGUCAUCUUAUUAUAUAUCCAAAUUUUCAUUGGAAAUAGCGUUGUGAUGUUAAUGAAUGGUGAUAAUAGGUCUCAUGUAUCCUGUGACGUUAUGCAUAAAUAUUUCAAACUGAUUUAUUUAUAUAUGUGUAUAUACAUGUAUUAGUGUGCAAUUGAACCCAUGGGUGAUAUGAGUAAAGACUAGUAUUAAAAUCCUUUUACUGAAAACCUCAUAUACAUUAACACUAGGCCUUUCUGUACGAAAUAAAGUAAAGACCGUCGCUAGUCUUUAUUCAUAUCGCUUGUGAUGAAUCAUAAAUCCCUUGUUAUCAUAUGUGCAGGUUUUCAUGGAAACAGGGCUGGAUUAAGUGUUGUAACUCUUGGCAUAUUAUCUAAUAUCUUCUGUAGUAAACCUUUUGUAAGUGUACCUCGUGUAAGUGUGACAUCAUGUCAUGUUCUUUGUCUAGUUUUCUUGAGUUUAUAAGUAAAUAAAAAUAGACGUCUUUGUGCCAUCAUAGCUACUAAGACUGGUGGUGAUAUCCUUCACAAAAAUUUGUGGUUUUUGGAGGUGAAGACAAGUUCCUAACAGCUAUCUUUAAUGUAUAGUUGCACUGAACACCUGGACUUCAUCAGUAAACCGGCUACGCUAGUGUUAAACCAACUGUUUGUUGACACUCAGAUUUGAGAUUCUGAUCACCACUGCAGUGGAGAUUGGGCUGGAUGUGAGUUUCUGAUCACCUCUGCAGUUGAGUUUGGGCUGGAUGUGAAUUUUUGACCACCACUGCAGUGAAGAUUGGGCUACAUAUCGUUAAAGGCCUUGCCUAUACCAAAGACCUCUGGAUGAAAAAAUCUUUCGUAUUUCAAAGUGACCAUCCAAUUUAUUGGUCGGCUGUUUUCCGACUUGUCCAACAUGAACAAUAAACAAUAGCAAAUCAGAAUAAGUGUUUCUCAUGCAUUAUGCUUUAAUCACUAUCGGUCCUGAGAACCUCAUCAAUGAUACCUGCAUAUCAUAAAAUUGCAUUGAAAUUCUAUUGUUUGUUAAUCAAAAUAUUCUUGAAAUUUUUGUAAAUAGAUUACUGACUUCAUUUUCAUAAUCGUUACAAAUCUGGUGAAUGUGCCGGGAUGCUUGUUUUAAUUCAUUGGAUAUUUUUGUGGGGACAGUCUUUGUAAGUGUGUGUAGCCUCCUUCGAUCACCCCGCAAACCAGUGAUAUUUACCACUGCAACAAAGAUAGCCUUUGUGUUAUCGCAGGUGUAUGUGACAAGAAUUGGGCAUUGCUGCGACUUGCGAUCAGUAUCGAAUUGAGCAAUCCCGCAGACCAGCAAUCUUUUUGUCACUAAUAUCACAGCAAUAAUUGUCGCAGGUUGCUGCAACCAACAUAUUUUAAAAUCAUUGGUUUGUGGGUUGCUUUUCUUGUGAGGUAUACAGAUGUUGACACACAUUUGAAUUAUUUGUUGUAUUCUGUACAUCAACAUGGCAGGGAUGAAAUCAUUUGACUUUGAUGUCACAGUGGACAUGGUUAAAAUGACAGUAAACCCAGAUGGUGGGAAAAAUAGGUGUAUCAUAAGUUUUAUAAUCGUUAAAUGGUGUUUCCAGUUUAGUUUAGCUUGCAUAAGGCACACAAAUAUAUAAAGGGAAUUAGAGAGCCAAACAGACCAACUGUCGGGAUUUUAUCUCUAAAAUUCCGAAUACUAAAGAUGAAAUGUACACCAAGUGACUAGUCUUACUCCAGUUAUUUGUUUGCCAACGGAGGUGCACUUCAAGAAACAGAAGUUGUCAAUUUAUAAAUGAUGCCUGUAGCUGUUUUGUGUAAUUAGUCAAGACCAGCAUUACAAUACAUGCAUAUGAUGUAAUAUUAUCUUUUCAAUCAUUUUCUCUUUAAACUUUGUCAUCCCUGUUCGUUAUAUGCAUUUCCAGAUGAAAUGCAUCUGCAUAUUAAACAAGUAAAAAAUAAUUGUUUUCUCUCAAACACAAAUGCAGCGAAAAUAGAAAAUAUUGUCGCAGAAAUGUUCGGUGUUCUUUUCGUUUUGUGUACAGUGAUGAUGUGUUUCCUUUAUUUUAAUAAAAUCAGCUGGUAUA